AUGGUACAGCUCCUGAGCAGCAUACUCAGUGUGAUCGAGGUGUUCCAGGAAUAUGCCAAAGAGAAUGGGGACUGCACCUCACUUAGCAAGAAGGAGUUGAAGAACCUGCUGUUGGCUGAGUUUGGAGACAUCCUCAGAAGACCAAAUGAUCCAGAGACUGUGGAAACCAUCCUGAGUCUCUUAGAUCGUGACAGAAAUGGAUGUGUUGACUUUCAUGAAUACCUCUUAUUGGUGUUCCAAUUGGUUCAAGCCUGUCAUCACAAGCUAGGUUCCAAGUCAUGUGGAAAUAGAAAGUCCCAGGAAGAAAGAGAAAAGGAAGGAGCACAAGAUCAAAGGUUUCCAGACAACACAGGCAGACAACACAGGCAGAGGCAUGAGGAAGAAAAGCAGGACUCCCAUCACAGUAAGGACUCCCUUUAUGGUCAGUCUGAGAGACAGGAUGGGGAUUCCCAUCACAGUCAGUCUGAGAGACAAGAUAGUGAUGGCCACUAUGGUCAGUCUGAGAGACAAAGUAGGGAUUCCCAUUACGGUCAGUCUGAGAGACAAGAUAGGGACUCUCACCAUGGCCAAUAUGGGAGACAAGACAAGGAUUGUAGCUUUGAUCAGUCUGAGAGACAAGGUCAAGACUCCAGCUCUGGUCAAAGACUGAGUCAUAAAUCUAGCAGUAGUCAGCCUAAAAGACAAGGAUAUAUUUUUGCCUUAAAUCAGUAUGAGAAACCAGUUCAGGAUUCUCAUUAUGGUCAGUCUGAAACACUUAGACAACAAUCAAGCUGUAGCCAAUCUGGAAGACUCAGACAAGACUCAUGUUCUAGCCAGAUAAACCAACAGGAAUCAGGUUCUUAUGGACAGUCUGAGAGGCUGGGUCAGGAAUCAGGCUGCGGUCAGAGACACAGGGAAGGAUUGGACUCUCACUAUGGUCAAACAGAAAGACAAGAUCUGAGCUCUCACUAUGGUCAGCCAGACAGACAAAGCCAGAGUUAUCACUAUGGUCAGAGAGACAGGCAAGGAUUGGACUCUCACUAUGGUCAGACAGACAGACAAAGCCAGAGUUAUCACUAUGGUCAGAGAGACAGGCAAGGAUUGGACUCUCACUAUGGUCAAACAGAAAGACAAGAUCUGAGCUCUCACUAUGGUCAGACAGACAGACAAAACCAGAGUUAUCACUAUGGUCAGAGAGAAAGGCAAGGAUUGGACUCUCACUGUGGUCAGACAGACAGACAAAGCCAGAGUUAUCACUAUGGUCAGAGAGACAGGCAAGGAUUAGACUCUCGCUAUGGUCAGACAGACAGACAAAGCCAGAGUUCUUGCUAUGGUCAGACAGACAGACAAGAUCAGAGUUCUCACUAUGAUCAGACAGACAGACAAGGUUCUUGCCAUGGUCAUACAGACAGACAAGGUCAGAGUUUUCACUAUGGUCAGACAGACAGACAAGGCCAGAGUUCUCAAUAUAAUCAGGCAGACAGACAAGGCCAGAGUUCUUGCUAUGGUCAGACAGACAGACAAGGCCAGAGUUCUCAAUAUAAUCAGGCAGACAGACAAGGCCAUAGUUCUUGCCAUGGUCAGAGAGACAGACAAGGCCAGAGUUCUUGCUAUGGUCAGACAGACAGACAAGGCCAGAGUUCUCAAUAUAAUCAGGCAGACAGACAAGGCCAGAGUUCUUGCUAUGGUCAGACAGACAGACAAGGCCAGAGUUAUCACUAUAGUCAGACAGACAGACAAGGUCUGAGUUCUCAAUAUGAUCAGACAGACAGACAGGGCCAGAGUUUUCACUAUGGUCAGUCACAGACUGGGGAAACUGAUAUACAAGGGGAAAAUAGGUACUUCCAAGGGACUGAGGGAACAAGAAGAGACUCAUACGUUGAGCAAUCAGGAAGAUCAGGGAGACUAAAUCAACAGACUCUAGGACAGGGAAUGAACCAAAACCAGAGACAAGGAUUCCAGUCUAGGGUAGAUCAGAGAAACAGCCACCAGAUAUGGAAGCCUGAGGAGGAUAGCCAGCACCACCAACACAAGCUUGUAGCACAAAUCCAGCAAGAAAGGCCACUCUGCCACGAAGGGAGAGACUGGCAAUCAUGCAGCAGUGAGCAAAGCCAUAGACAGGCCCAAACCAGGCAGAGCCAUGGUGAGAGGCAGAGCCACCAGGCAGAGGAAGAGCAGGGUCAUCAAAGCUGGGGUAAACACAACUGUGAGAGUCAGGAAAGUCCACGUGAGGUACAGGGCAGGCAAACCUGUGAAGAGGAACAAAGUUAUCAAACAAGGGACAGGCGAACCCAAGGUGAUCAGAACCAUCAGAGACAAGACAGGCAACACCAUGAAGAUACUCCAAACCGUCAGCAACAACAGGGUAGGCAAACCUGUGGAGAUGAACAGAACCGCCAGAGACAAGACAAGCAAACCUAUGAAGAUGAGAAGAACCACCAGAGACAGGACAGGCAAACCCGGGAAGAGGAUCAAACUCAUCAGCAACAAUGGGAUAGGAACACUCAUGAGAAGAAAGAGAAGUAUCCAAGGUCCCAGGAUCAACAAUACACAGGGACCCAGCAAGGAUGUUCAAACAGAGAAAAACUCCACAUCAAUGAAGAUGGUCGGAACCAAGUCUCACAGGGAAGACGCAGUGACCCAGCCUUCCAUUCAGCUCAGAGUGGUGAGAGGCCCCAGAGAAGAGAACAGGAGAGAGCUCACUCUACCAAGGCAGCUACUAUUUCCAACCCCCUCUAUAACUAUGUACAAGAGCAGAAAUCACAUCAGUACUAA